UAAAUAAAAAAUAAAAGCGUCAUAAUUUGCAUUAUUAUCAAUUCAAUUUUAUGUUUUAUGUUCUCAAUACGCGUUAAAUAAAGCAAAUAGUUAUAUUGAACUAAAAAUAAACGAUUUGAAAUAUGUUUAAAGUGUUUUAAGGGAGUGAAAUUCUGUGAUAUUAAACAUAACCUCGAAAUGAGUUCGAUACAGGAGCGAUUGCAACUGAAGAGAGUACCUUUAGACACUUGGAAUAUUAGAGAACAGCUAUGUCUGGCAUCUGCAGUCGUCAGAAGUGGAGACCAGAACUGGAUGUCCGUUUCCCGCGCUUUGAAAACUGUGGGAGAAGCUAAUAGACCAGCUGAUUGGUACUCUCAAAAAAGCUGCGCAGCCCAGUACGGAGCUCUACUCGAACAUGUGGAGACUCCAAAACGAAAGAAACGGAGUUCGGAGGGUGCGGUGGAGACCCCUCAAGAGAGUAUACUCAAGAGGCUCACACAAGAACGAAUUGUUGAGAUUCAGAAGACAGUCGCGGAGAUGAACCAGCAGUAUGAGCAAUUAAAGAACGAAGUAACUGAAGCUCGCAACCCGGCUACGUCAGAGGAGAGACUGAGAGAGAUGUGGGCGGAGAUAGAGUCGGGCAAGCGUGCGAGGGAGCGAGAGAGCGCGCGGCGCGCCGCCUGGCUGAAAGAAAGAGAGGAGAGACGUGCGCGCGCCGAGAGGACGUGGCGCCCGCCGGCGCACGCGCCGCAGGCAGCGCCGGUGGCCGGCGCCCCCGCACCGCCGUCGUCCCCGCUGCUGACGUCACUACUCAAGUCCUCCCCUGUGGUGACCACUCCGCAACAUAUACCUCAUCCCGCCACUGUUGUUGAGACAAUAUCUCCGUCAGCGGGGGCGCCGACGCUCUCCAUGCUACUGGAGAAGCCAGGGGGCAGCCCCCACGAGAAGCACAUAGCCAUAGAACAUAUCAAGAGCCAGCUGCAGCAGAUCGAGCAGCAACUCAAAGCGAACACAGCGGCGCCCGCGCUGCCGGCACCCGCGGUAGACAUCGACGACAUAGAAAUAAAGGCUGAAGACGUAUACGCUUUCCGGGACAUAGAUAUUAACAUACCACCCGUCACAGCAAUACACAAACCCAACAACCCGAGGCCCGCGGAGAAGCCUGCGUUCAAGAAGGACGACCAGGAGGUCGAGACGCCAAUGGAGACAGAAACUGACGCAGAACAGGUCGCCGAGGACAUUAAGGAGGAACCAGUUGUGGCGGAGGCGCCAUCGGAAGAAGUUAUACCUAUGGAUGUGGAAAAUACGACAGGGCAGCCACCGGAGCCGGCAGCAGAGCCCCCGGGUGCUCCGCAGCCCGAGGUGCGCUUCCCAGCGCCCGAGAUCAAAGUACCGCCACACCACCAGAAAAUAAAAGAAGAGUUAAGAGAGUCAGAGGUGUCCACUCCCGAGCCAGAGAAGGAGAUAGAGGAAGAAGUGAAUGUAGAAGAUGUACCGGCACUCGCUGAAGAAGAGAUAAACGAGCAAGAGGAUACUGCCCCCGAGCCAGCCACAAAUGACACACCUCAACCGCCACCAUCAGAGGACCACGGCCUGAUGCAGCAGCCAAUGGAGCUGGACCCUGCUGACAUACCACUGCCUGACAGCGAUCGCCAGGAACAAGCAGAGCCGCCGCUGCCACCGGAACCGGAAAUCGCAGUGCAAGAGAUCAAAGUGGAGUUAGUAGAAGAGGAGAAGUCGGAGUCGCAGCAGAGUGAGACGGAAGAGAGUGUGGAGGAGAUGGCGGGAGAUGUGAAGAGAGAUGACGACGCUGAGGUGAGAGAGGAUUCCAUUCCUCUGAAGGAAAUGGUGAGGGAGGAGACGGAGGGGAAACCGGAGCCACAGGAACCGGAAGUGAAAGAGGAGCAGCCGAUGGAACCUGAAGAAACCCACACGGAGACUGAUGACGACACACCUAUGGAGCUAAGUCGCGAAGAAGAAAAAGAUGGGAAAAAGAAGCGCGAUUAUUCUAGAAAGAAGAAACCGGAUUCUAGAACUUGCUCGGGGUCUGAGAGCGCGGCGGAGGCGUCGGCCCCGGAGUCCCCGCACAGCGACGCCGAGCGCCAACACCGGCUGUGGAAGAAGUCGGUCAUGCUUGUAUACAGCAGACUAUGCGCUCACAAGUACGCUUCCAUCUUUCUGCGGCCCAUCACAGAUGAGGAGGCUCCAGGGUACAGCAUGGUGGUCAAACGCCCCAUGGACCUGACCACCAUACGACGGAACAUUGAUUCUGGGGCUAUCAGAACGACAGCGGAGUUCCAACGCGAUGUCCUCCUAAUGUUGAACAACGCGCUGAUGUACAAUAGCAGUUCUCACAGCGUCUACCAGAUGGCGCGAGACAUGUUCGAGGAGGCGGCGUGUCAGUUGGGCAUGCUGCUGGCGGCGCAGGCGCACGCGGGGCUGGUGGCGCCGCCCGCGCGGCGCAAGCGGCGGCGACACGACGACGGACAUUGCUAGCGCCCACGGCUACGCAGCACCGAGCAGACGGGGGUCCUACCUCUAACACCAGAAGUCAAUAUCAUGACCGUGGUGUAAGAAAACCAGGCUUGCUCAAAACUGACAGCUAACAUUUCAAGGUCCAAAUUUAAAAGCCCAGCUGACGUCAUCCCACCCUGCGUUGCCAUUUUGUAAAAAAUAAAUUACCCACGACCAAUGUGUUUAUAUUUACUUUGAAAGGAAAUUUUGAAAAAGAGUUACAGUUUUAUUGUAUUUUUAUAUAUGUGACAAGUAAUAGUAAUUAAAUAUAUUAGUCUUUGGCGGCGAGGAUGUGCUGCCGAAAGGAUGAUUUCGGGGUAUCGAACUGAGCAUAGUAUCCCGCUAGCCACAAGGUGGUAGUGUGACUAGGGAUCGACGAUCCAACAGUGUUAUGUUGGAAGUUGUAUAUAUGCGUCUUGCUGUGUAAACAUCGAUAUCGCGUUUCACGACUGUUUGAAGACUGCAUUAUUGAAUGUGGCGCCAUCUGUUGCAUGUGGGCGGAACUAGGUGGCCAACUAGUUGGGUCCGCAACAAGUCAUUCACUUAAUUUUCAAUAAUAAAAUUUACGUCCUUGGAAUGUUGGAGAUACCAAUUUAAUGGUAACACUUACGUCAUCAAAGGGCUAGCAAUGGCGGCUUGUCAUAGGAUUGAGCAUAUCUGGUUUUCUGUUUACAUAGAAUAAAGGAUAACUUUAUAUAAAAUUAGAUGGAGUGUCCGAAUGAGCUCCAUAUUAUUCCUUUUUGUCUACAUCUAUGUAAAAUAAUCAUAAUGGUAAAUAUAGUUACUUAAUAAUUAAAA